CACACUCCAACAAAUAUAGUCGCAGUGAACAUUGCACUUGUUGAUUUAUUACAAGGACUUAUAGCGACACCGAUGAGGCUGUUGAUGAACUAUGAAUAUGACAUUGCAAAAGAUAUUGUUUAUGGUGCUGUGAUGAGUAAAUAUUUUUGCAUAAUGCGGUUAGGCUUUUCAACCAUCCCAUGUGGACUGACGCUUCUUCUGUUUAUAGUUAUGAGUGUGGACAGAUACAUAGCUAUCAUAUAUCCUUUUAAAUAUGACAAAAUUAAAAUACAUUUAGGUAAAGCAUGCAGCCUGUGUUGGUUAUGCUCAGGUGUUAUGUUUGUGAAACCUAUCAUUGACCUAAGGAUAUGGGACCCCUCUAUGAUAUGUUCAAACUAUAGUGACUGGCUACCAAACCAUGAUGUCAUGAUGUAUAUUUGGAUAAUUGUCAGUGUUUCAAUCUCUACUGGCCUUCACAUUCAAAUACAAUGGAUUGUACAUAGACAUCACAACAACAUCUUCAACCAAAUCCAAGCUAUAGAUCACAAUAGUGCUGUUGUAUACAAAAAAGGAUUUCGAGUUCUUAAAUCCUCCAUACUGUUAUUUGGAUUUUUCAUUGGUAUGUGGGGCAGCUUUUUACUCUUUCGAGUACUAGGCACUUUGCUUUUUGGUGGCGACACUGUUGGUCUUAAAAUAUGGCAUAAAGUGAUCAACAAAAUUACUUUGCUUACAUCAUUUCUAAAUCCUAUUAUAUUUUCUCUCAGACAAAGAAAUUUGAAAAAAGCAAUAAGAGCAAAUUGCAGAAUUAAGUGCAAAGAUUAGAUUAAUUUUCUUUUUGUUCUUUUGAAAACAAAACAAAUAUACAUUGUGUUAUAUUUCUGACAAAAUUAUUUUCAUGCUUCAACUGAAAAUACUUGUUGAUUUAACAUGGAAAAUAGAGUACUAAUUGUCUCCAAGUCAAACUGUUGUUGAAUCUCAAAGAUAAUUUUGGUCAAUAUGAUUAUAAAGUAACAUGGUGAGGCUGAACAAAAACUAAAAAGAAAAUACACAUAUACGGAAGUCAUAAUCAAUGUUUUAAUUUGCAGACUAAUGGUAAAUACAUAAGGGACCAGGUUGAUAUUUUGAUGUUCCUUCUAUAGUAUAAUUAAAUACAGUGUAUAUCAUUUCAUAAAAUGUACACAGAUAGCUAAAAUGUUACUUAACAGUAAUUGAUUUUUAAUUAUGUACUGGUUGUUCAUCAAUUUAUUGACCUUGGCCCCUACAUUUGAGUUAACAUGUGCAAGUGUACUAAAUUACCUGACAGCUUUAUGGACUCCUCGUGCACUCCCCCCUCUUCAGAUUGUUCAGCUACAGAAUUAUCCUGUCCAUCAAUUAUAGUUUCAGCUUCAUGCUGCUCAGUAACAACAGUUGCCUGCUGCUCCUCAACUGAAGCAUCACACUGUUGCUCAACCAUAUUUUCAGAACCAUCCUGCCCAUCAACUAAUGCAAUAGUUUCAGCUUCGUGUCUCUCAUUUGCAUGCUGCUCCUCAGUUAAAGUUUCCAGCUGUUCUGCCUCUACACUUUCAAGCUGUUCUUCUGAUACAGUUUCAAGCUGUUCUUCUGAUACGGUUUCAGAUAUUCCUUGUUGUCCCGAUUCAAACAGAUGGGAACAAUUUGCUGCCCCUU